UUCUAUAACAAAAAACAUGGGAAAUGCCGAAUUGGAUAUAAUUGAUGGGGCCGAUUAUGUUAAUCAUUACAAAAACUUAAAGAUCUUGCAUUGCAACAAUCAAAUUAAAGAGCUUCAAACAAUUUUACGAGACAGGGAGACUUCAAGGAGCGAUUUUAAGUUUUCUGCUGAUAGACUUAUCCGCUUAGUUAUUGAGGAAAGUCUAAACCAGUUGCCGUUCACUGACUGUAAAGUGAAAACUCCAACAAAUUCGAUUUAUGAUGGCUUGAAAUACAAGUCGGGGAAUUGUGGGGUGUCUAUUGUACGCUCUGGGGAAGCUAUGGAGCAGGGGUUGCGAGACUGUUGUCGUAGUAUUAGGAUAGGAAAAAUUUUGGUUGAAUCUGAUGCUGACACUCACGAGGCUAAAGUGGUCUAUGCCAGGUUUCCAGAAGACAUUGCCCAAAGACACGUUUUGCUGAUGUAUCCAAUCAUGUCAACGGGGAAUACCGUCAGCAAAGCUGUUACAGUUUUAAAGGAGCACAAAGUCAAAGAAGAAAAUAUUAUUUUAAGUAAUUUAUUUUGCACACCUGCUGCUGUACAAACGGUCUUAGAAUCGUUUCCAAAAUUAAAAAUGUUGACUUCGGAGGUUCAUCCAGUGGCCCCGAAUCAUUUUGGACAAAAGUAUUUUGGUACUGAUUGAAAGGACUUCUUUCAAAGUUUGUGAUUUAUAUUAUUAGCAUUUAAUAUUUGUUAGAUCAAUAAAAUUUGCACGAGUGCAUAUUACUUAAUUUUGAAAGGUUUGAAAUUUUUAUUUUUGGAUACGUUGUGCCAAAUGUGUGCGAAUAUUUAAUCCCUUUUGUGUAAUUUAUUUGUCUUGUGUUGUAGUUUUCUGUUAAUAAAGCAGUAUGAAAAUUAA